CGUGUUAGCCGGCCUCGUUCCCUCCACUCUUCCAAUCGCUGUCGGACCCCAUUUCUCGGUGGAUUGUGAUUCUCGGCGUUCUAUCGCCUGCAGAAACUCGACGGGUGCCCUGAUACGGCCGUCGGCUCUCUCCACACACGCACGUCAGCACACUCCAAUUCUCGGCCACGAGUGUGGAAGGGCUCACAGGCGUGCUGUCCUUGGACGACUCCCUAUCGGAAUCGGUCCUGUUCACUGCGCGCACUGAGGCGUGGACUCACUCCCUAGCAUGUCGGGGGAAGUAGAACAGGCUCGUCCAGGGCCAUUGGACCUGGUGGACGACAACGGGGGCUGGAAAGGCGAGUUGAGCGAAGCUGCCGAGUGGGCUAGGGACGACGUCGCGAAUCCGCAGCCGACAUUUACAUUCGUGCGCCGCGCAGGCGAUGUUGCGCAGCAGCAACAGCAGCAGCAGCAGCCAUCGGGGCCUCCUACGCCUUCUGAGGUUCCGGACGACUCGGACGCAGAUGAGGAACGUAAUGAUACACCGACGACCAAUUCGCCUCGCGCCCAUCCGCGCUUCUCCCGCGCAUUUUCGCUCCCCCAGCUCGGUCGACUCCAAAAUCCCCACCGCCCCAGCUUGAGUCAGCUUCGCACGUCGGGAGUAUCUGAUCCAGGAACGCCAACAUCGUAUCAGUUCUUUGAGCUGUCGCUGGAGCUUGCGGAUAUGGUGCAGAUGGCCAUCCAGACGCUGCUGCAGAUCUCGCCCCCACAAGUGCUCGACUCCACGAAAGAGCAAUUUUCGGCUUGCGCUCUGUCGGUACCGACGCCAUCCGUUAAUGCCCUUUUCACGGCCAUGCGCAAUCUCAAUUACUUCUCUGCCAAUAUCCCGGCAUUUUGCGAAGAGCCGCCGGAAGCGCCGGCCUGGGGCGCUCCACCGCUUAUCUUGCCGACAGAAUUCGAUCUCGGAGAGCUGUUGCAAAGUGUUGGUGAUGUGAUGAGUGGGGCCGCUGCUCAAGCUGGGAUCGACCUUGUGCUUUAUCAUGGCGACCUUAGCCUGAAGUAUGCCUGGGUGAGAGGCUCAGAAAGCGGGCUCACGGUUACGUUGUCUCAUAUUUUGCGCCAAAUCAUAUCUGUGUCGCAUCCAGGAGACGCCAUCGAAGUUGGGCUGUUUAUCGGGUUUGCCCCAGCACCUGGUCAGGAGAUUUUGAUUUCCGACGACCUGGAGCCGGUCCCGGAUGCCAUCACAUCUUCACCCGUGUCAGAAGAAGGACCCAUCCAUUGCACAAUCCAGAUCGCUCACAAACACCGUGCGUCUUACGAUGGGAUUCGAAAGGACCCGCACUUCUCUAGUCUGAUCCUCCGUCGGCUGCUGCGUCUGAUCGGUGGACAGCUCUCCCAUGACCUGCCGUCCUCGACGAAUGUCCGUACUUGCGAGCUUUCGCUCACAAUGGAGCGAGCCUCCCGAGGGGGUUCUAGCCCAUCACGCUCAGAGAACAGUGCUGGCAAAGAGGAGCCGACUUUGGAAGAGUUGACCGCUUUCGCGGAGACGUUGAAAGGCGCGAAGGUUGCCUUGCACUCCUCUUCCAAGGGGUCAUUUGCGCAGCACGUCACGAGAUAUCUGGCUGACUGGGGUAUGGAUGUGAGCCACAUACCGACAGAUGGAGAGGCGGAAACGGAGGUCGUGGGUGGUUCCCCGAGGGCGGCCGCUGCUGUACCCGCCUUCACAUCUGAUGCACCAGGCCCAGCCCCUGCGAAAGUUGAAGUUCCCACACGAUCCCAGCGCUUGUCAUUUGUUUUCAUCGAUGACGAUGUCGUUGUUCUCAAAGAUCGUCUGGAGUCUUUACGACGCGACACGCCGUACCCGCUGACAUUAAAACGACCGCCUCUUGCACAGCAUACUCGCCGGUCCACGAGCCAAGUCCCGCGGCUGUCCAACCCUCUGCCUGCGUCCUCGGUUGUGAUCGUGCACUUUACGAGCCUGGCCAACUUCAAAGUGGUCAAGGAUGUGCUGCAGUCCGUUUUGUCUACGUUCUUGGGUACCUCGACGCCCAUCCCCGAAGUGAUGAUCGUGCCCAAGCCAGCUGGGCCGCAGCGGGUGCUGACCCAGCUGCACAUGGCUGUGACCCGACCGCCCGUGGAUCCGUUCUUCUUGCCGAUUGCGACCUCCCCCUCCUCGCCGUCGCCGUCGUUCAUGAGCUACGCUUCGGCGCGGUCUCCGGCUUCUGGACUACGACCGCCUAGUGCUCGAAGCAAUUCGGACCGCUCCACCCGGUCUGGCACAAAGGAAGGCCUCACUAGUGCACCGCCCCCUCCAUCACCACUGGCGAUCUCCCAUACCGGGAGCGAGUACUUUGGCGAGGAUGCUGCCGCCGUCCAGCUCGGCGCCACGGCCAGUUCUGGUCUGCUCAUCCAGAGUCCCGGCGCGGCUGCACCAUCUGGCAUCUACUUCAGUCCGCGUACCAAAAGUGUGAGUAAGCGACCGCAGCCGCCGGUUGUGCCAGCGCUGAUGGAGCGAGAUCGCGGGCAGUUGACACUGCCCAGUGCGAGUCGGCGCUCGUCGCUGUCCAGGGUCGUGAGCGACAAUCCAACGUUUUCGUCGUUGCAUGAAGUGGCUCAUUCCAUUGAGCCCCCUGUUUUGCCACCAGUGGCAACGGCGGCGGCGGCUCCAGUAGUGGUCAAGCCAGACGCAGAACUUUCUCCCACCUCGCCUUCAAGCUCCACGAGUCCGACAUCGUUCAGAAGACCAGUGCGGCGGCGGACCGUGACUCCGGAUCCCAAGACUCUCGAGAAGGCCAGUGCGCCACUGAUGGACAUUGUCCCGCCGAUCAACGUGCUCAUCGUCGAAGACAACGUGGUGAAUCAGAUGCAGCUCCAAGGAUUCAUGCGCAAGAAGAAGCUCAAAUGUCAGGUGGCCAAAAAUGGAUUGGAGGCCAUCGAAAAGUGGAAGAACGGGAACUUUGAUCUCAUUCUGAUGGACAUUCAAAUGCCGGUGAUGGGCGGAAUCGAGGCCACGAAAGAGAUCCGGCGGCUGGAAAAACUGAACGCUGCCGAGGGAUAUCCACCAGCCGAUGGAAGCUCGACUAGCGGUGCAUCCCCAUAUCGAUCCUCCGUGAUCAUCGUCGCACAGACCGCCUCGUCGCUGAACUCGGACCGAGUCAAGGCGCUGGCGGCUGGGUGCAACGACUUUUUGACGAAACCAGUGAACCACCAUUGGCUGAACAACAAGGUGACCGAGUGGGGCUCGAUCAAGGCUUUGCAGAUGUGGGCCGACGUUGCCCCACCCGCCGGGUCGGAGACGGGGCCUGUGAUGAUAGCAGCCAAGGCUCAGCAGGUUGCUGAACGGCUGCAUGUUCCUGCCAAACCGAACGGCAAGCGGAGGGAGGUUGUGUCGCUGCCGUCAUCCGACAAGCCCCCGCCGUCUGCGUCGCAAACACCGCCAACAACAGCAACGACGACCACACCGGACACACAGACUCCCCCGACAACAACAGAGUCGCCGCCAGAGUCGACGUCUGCGGCAGACUCGGAGUCGCCGCCGCCGGCGAAGUCGUUAGCCGCUAGCCAGUUACCGGCGACGCCGGUCCCAAGAUGAUGGUACUGGGCGAUCUUUGGGCUACUCUGGGUUGGUCUCCCAGUUUUGUUGUCGUCGCCAAAGUUCGCCGGGUACAUCAACUUGCGCAGAUGAGUGAGUUAGGUUUAGGUUCAGGCCAUGCACUGUGGCAGAUAUGGAUGAUUACGCACACAUUCGCUCUCUAUUGCAUUUUUUCUCGGGGCCUUACGUAGAUGCUAACACACGAAUAAUGCAUACUUGUUUUACGGGACUGGUAAUAGUGCCGAGACUCGCAUCGAGAACUGCAGUUACGGGGAACUGCGCAUCGAAUCACCAGCCUCUUGCCCCAAAAGGAAAGUCGCACACCAGUAGCACCGUUUGGAUACACCCCUCCCACUACAACCGCGAUGGCAUUGAAUUGGGCAAUGCUCGGGCCCGACAACGCCCCUCUUCCGCUCCCUCAUGAAAUGACGAUCUCCGCCAUCGACAAGGGCGCCGACCUGGUAUUACGCGUCCCAGAUGCCCCUCCGGCUCCGGGGGCAGCGUCGGGGGGAUCCGGCGGCUCCAAGACGCUGAAGGCCAGUGGGAGGGCCUUCGUUACGGAUAUGAGGUUCAUCUUCAUCAGUGCCGCGGGAUCCCCGUUCGACUCCCUGUCGGUCUCGCUGCCGUCUAUCCUCUCCACCAAGUUCGAGCAGCCCACCUUCGGCUCGAACUACCUCACGUUCGAGAUCAAGCCGGCGGCGGAGGGCGGUCUGACGAGCGGGACGACGGCGGAGCUGAGGUUCAAGGACACGCCCAUGUUCUCGUUUGUCGCGACGCUCGAGAAGACCCGCGAGAGGGCCAUUUAUAUGAAACGCCAGGAGACGGAACACGAGGACGGGUUGCCUGUGUACACAUCGCCCGGUGAAGGCCCGUCGACGUCCGUCAGUGGCACCACCGUGCCUGGAGAUGCCCCUCCCGGUUACGAACUCUAAUCCGUAUAUUUAAGGGCUGUAUGUACUAUCUACGCUGUUGCUUGAAGUCAAUCUUGAACGUUUAAACGUCGGACUAGGAGGCACGAGGCUGGCUUGUGGCAGUGAAGAUUAGAUUGAGGCGGUGCUGCUACUGCUCGUGAAACCGCGGAGAUUGUCGCUGUGACUCGAUCCUAUGCUGCUGAUGACCCACCAAGGAAGAAACCGACAAAGAACGCAAUGCUGACAUCCCGACUCUCGGCACAGCGAUGCACUCCCAGCCCAAAGCGAUGGCUCUAUCGACCAAACAUCUCAAAUUGCCAGUGAUCGAGCGUCCUGAUUGGCUGCAUCAUUGUUCAUCGCUCAGCCGUUGUUAAUGACACUGGCCAGCCCCCUGCCAACUGUUGACUACGGCCUCUCAGGGUAUCCGCAAGAGAAACCGAUUUGAUGCCCAGCGCACGUCCUGCCGUUUGAGCUCCUCUGGUCUCCUGCACCGUUCUCCGCCCGACACAGUGGUGCAAUGGAUUCUUUGCCUGUCAUCUGUAGUAUGGGGGCUUGGCCCAUUGGGAGCGCAGACGCAGAGGAUGGGCAAGCGACAAACUCGAUGCCUGGGAUUGGUUGUCAUUGGAGGGCCUAGACUCUCGGUCCCUGUUCAUUUCAGUCUGACGAACUCUCCAUCCAUCAGUCCACGCAAAAGACACGAGCAUGCAGAUGGAUUGAUUGAACCAACCCUUCGACUCUCCGUCUGUUUGCCCAUCAUAUGCGCUAUCUUUGAGCCCGACCAUUCAUAUCGGCCAUCGCAAAGAAGUAGAGCAUCCGAGGUGUCAGUAGCCGAACGUGGGCAGAUCUUUCUUUCUCCUGCAGCGCAUGUACCGUACCAUGGUUGUGUACACAUUUUCCCUCGUUUGGAUCACGGAAUCGAGCAUUCGUUUGAGGCUGCCGGUCAGAUCUCCAUAGUUACAAUGAGUUCAUCACAUACCGGAGUAUCCGGUUCAUCAACGAUCAAUUCCGUAUUGCUGGGUCGCACUACACUGACAAAAGGGCGGUAACGAAUCAGAGCGCUACCCCCCCGUUUUCGUUCUCCCUUUCCCUUUUUUUGCCCGAGCCCCUCGCAUUCUUAGCUGCCCGGUUGCACUUUGGUCAUCGCUUGCGAUCCUCCACACAUUCUUUUAUAGCAGGCUCUUCGUGGUAGUUACUGUUCCUGAAAAUGCGUUACUCUUCCUCUAUCCUCGCCGCCGCCGCCCUGGCCGGCCCGCUCCUGGCAUCUGCUCGUCCCGUCCGCCGCGGCGCGUCCGCCACUGACGCCCUGGUCCUCCAAUUCGCCAACGUACUCGAGCAGCUCGAAACCAACUUCUACAUGCAGGGUCUCGCGAAGUUCCAGGCGUCCGAUUUCUCCAACGCCGGAUUCUCGUCGAGCAUGGUCGCAGUGCAGACCAUCAGCACGAUUGGCGCCGACGAGGCUACACACACAUCCUUCCUCCAGCAGGCGCUGACCGACAACGGCGCGACACCCCUCACCUGCAACUUCGACUUCUCGUCCGCGCUCACGGACGUCCCGACGAUGUUGGCCACCGCACGAGUUGUUGAGAACGUCGGUGUCUCUGCGUACCUGGGCGGCGCGACCCUUCUUGACGACCCGCGAAUCCUCGAUGCUGCUGCCUCGAUCUUGACCAACGAGGCCCGUCACCAGAGCAGCUUGAACAUCCUCUCUGGAACCGGGUCCUCUAUCCCGUCUGCCUUCGAUGUCUCGUUGACCCCGACGGAGGUCCUGGCCAUCGCUGGUCCCUUUAUCACUGGGCCCUGUGACACUGGAAUCACUGCUGGCAACCCCCUCAAGAUCACCAACACUGGCUCCAUCCAGCCCGGUACCUCCCUCCAGUUCUCCGGAACCAACGUCACCAGCUCUGGACAAUUCUGCAACAUGAUGGUCGGCGGAGCAACCUUCUCGAUCAACCUGCCCAUCGACCAGUGUGUCGUGCCCUCCGGUGUCAACGGACCCGUGUACAUCUGGAUCACGUCUGACAACGACCCCCUCGCCAACAACGUCGUCGACCGCAACACCAAGACCCAGAUUGCCGGGCCCACCCUGCUCUUCGUCGACAGCCAGCCCGAGAUGCUUGGCCAGCUCGUCCGCUCGUCCGGCACGUCGUCCGGUGCGACCUCGUCCUCGACGACGACCAUCAGCCCCGACCAGGCCUCGUCGAUCAUCGCUGGAGCCGGAGCCUCGACUGCCACCGGAGCCGCCGCCGCCGCCUCGACCGGUAGCUCUGCCUCGUCGAGCAACGGCAGCUCUGCCCCCGUCCAGGGUGCCUCCGUCGGACCGUCUCCCGACGGGCCGUCCGCUGAUGGCAAACUCACUGUCAAUGGUAUCACGAUGGUGCCGAAGCCCGCUGCGGCCUCGGGCGCGGCGUCGGCUGUGGCUUCCUCGGCUGCGGCCCCUUCUGCCUCGGCUUAAAGCGGUGGCGCUCGAUGACGGGGGGCGACUUACUAGGGGUCGCUUUUUCUGUCGACUUCCAGGGACAUUUCAGACACCACGGACUCUUCUUGCACGAUACCAGCCACAUGAACAUUAUAAUUUGAGUGAUAGAUGCAUUCAGAUAUCGCAUUUCCCUAGCUUACCACCACCUUUUCACCGCCUCUUUCUCCCUGCUGUAUGUAAGUAGGUUGUAGUGUGCUUUUUCUGGGAGAAUAUAAAAACGGGUUCAAUCUGUC